GGGUACAAGUCCCGCCCCCGGAACUGCGGUGGAAGCUGCAGCUGAGAGACGGCGUCCGACAUUUCUGAGGCGGCUGACCCGCGUGAGAGCAAGCCGGAGCGGCGUAUCCACGCGCAACCAUGAAGUUGAAGGAGACAGAAUCGAGGCAAAAGCUACCACAUCAUGACAAAUUUCAGACAAAGGGCAUUAAAGUUGUGGGAGAAUGGAAGCAGGUGCCGAUUGACCCAAACGUGUUUGCAGAUGGACAGAUGGAUGACUUAGUCUGCUUUGAGGAACUGACAGAUUACCGGUUGGUCUCCCCUGCCAAGAAUCCCUCCAGUCUCUUCUCAGAGGACCCCAAGAAGAGAAAGGUGCAGACAGUUCCAGAAGAGGAGGGAGAGUCCAGCUCCCCAAAGAAAAAGAUCAAAUUGAAGAAGAAUAAAGAUGUGGUACUGAUUACCGAAGAAACCUCUACCCGGAAAGAGUUUGAGGUUGAAGAUGUUGAACCAGAGCCCCAGGGAGAUGGCACUGUUUGUCCUGGUCCAGAGGAAGGGAAGAUAGCAUCAGAAGCCCUGGUACAAACUGUUCCAAAAAAGAAGAAAAACAAGGGGAAGAAAAAGUUACAGCCUUCCCAAAGCACUGUCCCUGAGGUGCCCAAAAAAGCUAAGACAUGGAUGCCUGAAGUGCAUGACCAGAAAGCAGAUGUGUCAGCCUGGAAGGACUUGUUUGUGCCCAAGCCAGUUCUCCGAGCACUCAGCUUUUUAGGCUUCUCUGCACCCACACCAAUCCAAGCCCUGACCUUGGUGCCCGCCAUCCGUGACAGGUUGGACAUCCUUGGGGCUGCUGAGACAGGAAGUGGGAAAACUCUUGCCUUUGCCAUUCCAAUGAUUCAUGCAGUGUUGCAGUGGCAGAAGAAGAAGACUUUGCCCAUCGCAGGUAACACGAGAGUGCCACCUGGAGAGCCUCGAUCACCAAGUAAGGCUGGAACUGAGACUGGAGUGUUGCCCAGUGAGGCUGGAGUUGAGACUGUAGCACUCCCCAGUGAUGCUGGAUUUCAGGCCAGAGCCAAAACCAUUGCCUCCAUCUCAGACCAGGCCCUGCUCUGUGAUGAUGAUGCUGGUGAAGGGCCUUCUCUGAUUGAAGAGAAGCCUGUCCCCAAACAGAUGGAGAACGAAGAAGAAAUGCUUGAUGGAGAACAGACUGGCAAGUUAAAACAGGAGCUGGAUGGCAAAAUUGUUACCUGUAAAACACAUCCAAAGCAUCCUCUGCUUGGACUGGUUCUGACUCCCACACGAGAGCUGGCCGUCCAGGUCAAACAGCAUAUUGAUGCUGUGGCCAGAUUUACAGGAAUUAAAACUGCUCUUUUGGUUGGUGGGAUGUCUACACAGAAACAGCAGAGGAUGUUGAACCGUCAUCCUGAGAUUGUGAUUGCCACACCAGGACGGCUAUGGGAGCUUGUUAAAGAAAAGCAGUCUCAUUUAAGCAACCUUCGGCAGCUCAGGUGCCUGGUAGUGGAUGAGGCGGACCGGAUGGUUGAGAAAGGCCAUUUUGCUGAGCUGUCACAGCUGCUAGAGAUGCUCAAUGACUCCCAGUACAACCCAAAGAGACAGACACUUGUUUUUUCUGCUACACUGACCCUGGUACAUCAAGUUCCUGCUCGACUUCUUCAUAAGAAGCAUGUUAAAAAAAUGGACAAAACUGCCAAACUUGACGUCCUCAUGCAGAAGAUUGGCAUGAGGGGUAAGCCUAAAGUUGUUGAUCUCACAAGAAAUGAGGGUACAGUAGAGACGCUGACAGAGACCAAGAUCCACUGUGAGACAGGGGAGAAAGACUUCUACCUGUACUACUUCCUGAUGCAGUACCCAGGCCGCAGCUUAGUGUUUGCCAACAGCAUCUCCUGUAUCAAACGCCUGUCGGGACUCCUCAAAGUCCUGGAUAUCAUGCCUCUGACGCUCCAUGCCUGCAUGCACCAGAAGCAGAGGCUCAGAAACCUCGAGCAGUUUGCCCGGCUGGAAGAUUGUGUUCUCUUGGCAACAGAUGUGGCAGCUCGAGGUCUGGAUAUUCCUAAAGUUCAGCAUGUCAUCCAUUAUCAGGUACCUCACACCUCAGAGAUUUACAUCCACCGAAGUGGUCGAACUGCUCGUGCCACCAGUGAAGGCCUCAGCCUGAUGCUCAUUGGGCCUGAGGAUGUAGUCAACUUUAAGAAGAUUUACAAGACCCUCAAGAAAGAUGAGGACAUCCCACUCUUCCCUGUGCAGACAAAGUAUAUGGAUGUAGUCAAGGAGCGAAUCCGCCUAGCUCGACAGAUUGAGAAAUCUGAGUACUGGAACUUCCAGGCUUGUCUGCAUAACUCUUGGAUUGAGCAGGCCGCAGCUGCCCUUGAGAUUGAGCUGGAAGAAGAUAUGUAUAAAGGAGGAAAAGCAGACCAGCAAGAAGAGCGUCGGCGACAAAAGCAGAUGAAGGCCCUGAAGAAGGAGCUGCGCCAUCUGCUUUCUCAGCCGUUGUUCAAGGAGGACCUAAAAACCAAGUAUCCCACUCAGUCUGGCAGGCUGCCGGUGCUCGCCGCUGCCCCGAGGAGUGGCGAGUCUGCGUUGAGCUGCCUCUCCAGACAGAAGCAGCAGCCCCGACGACAGCAGCAGCAGGGACCACCGCAGCCAAGUACAAGUGCACUGUGACUGCCCUAGUCAGGCUGUGGUGGUGCCCGCAUGGUGCUGUCAGUUCUCCGCUGAUCUGUGAGUCCCUUACUCUACCACCCCUCGUUAAGAAAAUCUGCUCUUCCGCCCUGUACCAGGAGAGACCCUGUGCAGAUUUGUGUUGUGGAGUAAGAAUUCUAUGCAGCAGCUUCAUCUUUCUGUAUUCCAGUGUUUACAGGCUUCUUCUGUGUUCACCUUGUUCUCUUGAAUUAAAAACAAUGGUCACAGCCA